AUGAGCUGGAGAAUCAGGUCAAACAGUUGGAGGUUGUCCAGUUCGAGCUCGAAUAUGGUCUUGAUUGUAGGUAUUUUCACGGUGGAGAACACCUGGGACAAUGAAACGAUGUUGAAUUCGGUCGCAAGUUCUAUGGCAUGGUCCAGUUCUUGUUCUGGAACGAGCUUUGAGAGGAUGGUUUUGCUAAUUGGAAAAAGCUGUCUAUCGUUCAUGUUUUCAAGUAAUGAUUUGGUAUCUGGAUCGAUCUGGUAUGGCUGGACGUUGAUCUUGGACACGAUACUCCUCAGAGCGUUGAGUUUCUUGUACGUGUAUGGUGUCAACAACAAACACUGGACCAGAAGCCGGAACCCGUGCUGGAGGUCAGGUUUGGGGGAUGCAGCAAAGUCCAGACUGCUAUUCUGGAAAUUGUCGAGCAAAAAUGGCAAUGCCAUGGGAUACGCCUUGUUUGCGACCAAAUGCUGUGCACAGUGGUGUUUCAGGUUGAAAAUCACCAGACUCGUGGGAAAUUGA